CAGCUUUUGAAUUUCAAACCUUUCUUCUCCAGACAUGUCGGCCACUCAGUCUCACACAUCAUCAUCUCCAGAUGCCAUCUUUAGAGAGUUUACUGCUUACAAUUGGGACAAGGACCAACGGUUCCAGCAAGGCUUACAGUCCAUACUGACGAAAUCGUAUGACGAUUCCGCAAAGAAAGAGGAAGCUAUUGAGAAAGCAAAAUGCUUCUAUUACUCCAAGUUCUUUCGUCCGAUAAAUUACCUACAAUAUCUAAAGUGGAAAACUGACCAAAGUUCGGCGUCUCCCUCUCCGGAUAUGUCCAAUGACAUAAUGCCAACUGUAGCCAGCCAAAGCUCGACAGGCGAGAAGGAGGAAAAGAACGAUAUAUUACCGCAACCCUCUGAACAGAAAGUUUCAGAGCCCCAAUAUCCACGCAGCUUUCAGGAACUUUGCGAGAUGGUCGCAAGAGGGGAGGAAGUUCCGGGAAUACGAACGAUACCGAAUAAGAUCAAUGAGGCUCCUCCUAGUGAGAGUCAUUUAGCACCAAGAAGAAAGCCGUGGGAGACGAAGCCAGAAGGCGCUGAGGGGGCCAGUGCGGUCCAAACCGCAGAUUAAAAAACAUUAAUUAUGUUUUAAUAGAUGGGACUGAUCCUUACUUAAAGGCUCUCAUUAAGUAAAGAGGAACAUAACUCUUCAACUGAAC